AUGAAGGCCAUGUUUCGUAGAAGACGUUUAUGGUUUCGUGUUCAUCGUUAUCUUCUUCUAUUAGUGCUGACAUUAUAUUCCCUUAUCACUCUAUGUGUACUACAUCACAUGUUUGGUAAAGGUGAAGUGGGCAAUCCUCAUCCUCAACAACAAGAACAAGAAGAAAAUAAUAAUAAUAAUGAACCCGUUGCUACUGAUGAAGAAUUAGUAGUGAUGAAAGAGAGCAAAUUACAUAAUCCUUCAAUAAAUUUAAAAGAAGAAAAAGAAAAAGUAAAGAAAAAAGUGGCUUAUGUUGUAAUUAUAUCAAAUGAGAAAUAUGUGGAUGGUGCCCUCGUUGUUGGAUUCUCACUCACACAACAAUCCACACUUGUCUCUAAUGGAGAGGCGGAUCUUAUUCUCAUGUUUCCAGAGAAACGAAUAUCAUUAGAAAGUCAAUCUCGACUAAAGUGUGCAGGAUGGAAUCAUGUAAUGGAAGUGUACGACUUUUCCAUUCAUGCCCCAAAAGCACGAUUAAAAGAUACAUUUAAUAAAUUACAUAUAUUUAAUCUUACCAUGUAUACACGUGUAGCUAUAUUUGAUGGAGAUAUGCUUAUUAUACGUAAUCCAGAUAUUGUAUUUGAUGCCAAUCUUCCUAAUGAAAACUAUAUUGGUGCUAUUGGAAGUCAUUCACGACAAUAUUUUCAAACAGGUAUGAUGUUAAUUAUACCCUCUAUUGAAGUUUUAAAUAUCUUAUUAUAUAAACUUCAACAUGAUCAUCAACAAAGCGAUUAUAAUGGACGAGAUGGUAGACUUAUAAGAAGUUAUUUUAAAGAUCGAUAUAUUACACUUCGCCAUGCACUUAGUAUUCACAUUAGACCAGGCGAUCCUCUCAUUCACCGGGCGAUUGGAUUACAUUAUCGUGGAAAUUGGAAACCGUGGUUUAAUAGAGAAAAUCCCCCACCCCCGCCGAAGCGAAUUACUCCAGAUAAUCCUGGACAGGAACUUGGUGAACCCUAUCGUCUCUGGUGGAGUGUAUAUGAACAAUUACACCGGCAGUGUAUGGCUGUGCGGGAUGCCUUUGAUUCUCCCACACGAGAUAAAAGUGCACCAAAUAAUUAUAAUGCCUCAGAGAGUAUGUGGUUAAUGCGGCACACAUCAGAGAGUUAUGUACAAGUAAUGGAAUGGGUAGAUACCCAACGGCGGAAUUUAACACAUCCACAUUUGAAAAUUGUGGAAUCAGAAGAAGGGGCUUCCUGUGAUGAGGCUUGUCAAAAUACCCCAAUAACUAAUUCUAAUAAUAAUAAUAAUAAUAAUAAUAAUAAUAAUAAUAAUAAUAAUAAUAAUAAUAAUAAUAAUAAUAAGGAAACUUUACGAUGUGUAGAAAAGGCGUUAAGUUUUGUUUCUGUGAAUUCAGAAGAAACAUUACAUGGUAUUUUUCACUGUGAACACACUACAUUAGACUAUCCAGCUUCUUAUCAUCCAUCCUUUAAUGUUCAAACGAGUUCUUGUUAUCUUAAUUCUCUAUUCGGUAAACGGGAAAGACCAACCUGUGCGGCAAAGGCUCCAUUAUACCGACGUCUUUGUACAUGUAUUCCAUCAUCAGAGUAUAGUGAUAAUAUUUCAUUUAUUCCAUUUGGAUCGCAUGAGACUUCGAAUAUAUUAACAACAUCCACUUUGCAGUCAAAUCAAACAAGAGAAAAUGAAAAACGUAAAGAUGAUGAUGAUGAUGAUAAUGAUAAUAAGAAGAAGGAGAGUUUAGCCUGUACUAGUUGGUUACCCAAACGUAUAUAUAAUGAAGAGGAGAUAACACGUAGUAGAGAUUGUGCCACAUUUCUUUCUCAAUGGGAACGUGUGGAAGUUAUUCCCCGUCAAUAUGAGGCCCGAACAAUAAAAUUUCGUUUUUAUUAUAAAAAUGGAAUACAAGCAAUUGUGAAAGUGGAACAACUCUCAUUUCCAUUGGAACCUCAUGCGGAGUAUGCAGCCUAUGCUACUUCUCUCUUAUUGGGUAUUGGAUUAAUUCCACCCACUACUCUUUUGACCAUCUCGCCUAUAUUCCUUCGUCAGGCAUUAAAUCAAUAUGUAAAUGAAACGGAAAAGAAAUUUCUUCAACGGGAAUUAUGGUGGAUGCGAAAGGAAAAUAAUAAUAAUAAUAAUAAUAAUAAUAAUAAUAGUGGAGAUGCGUUAGUGUGUGUGAGUGUACAGUUGUGGUCUCCACAUCCUGUAAUCUCCUUUACCCAACUCACACCUCCUCUUACAGAGAUACUAUUUGAAGAAUGGUUAAGAGUUGGUAGUAGUGGUAAUGAUAAUAAUGAAAAUGACAAUAGUGAUAAGGAUGAUUUAAAUAAGAAUAAGAAGAAGAAGAGAGAAGUUGUUUAUAGUCCUGCGAUGAUGGAAGAUAUAGCCACGAUGAUCUUUUUAGAUUAUAUUAUUGGGAAUGAGGAUAGAAGUUUUACACAUAAUGCCUUCGUCGUUGUGAAGAGAGAAAAUGACAUUCAACUCAUUAUGUUAGAUCAUGGGAAGAGUUUUCACAUUGAAAGUGAAGUGAUACCAGGAAAUAUGUUGUCUUCACAAAAGAAAAAACAAAUAUUAUUCACAACGGCUGAGGAAAACAACAUCACAACACCCAUUCCAAUGUGUAAAAUACCAGAAAUUAUUUUACGUCAAGCAUUACAACUUUCACGUAAACGAUAUGAACCAUUGAAUUCACUCUUACAGUUUAAUAAUAAUAAUAAUAAUAAUAAUAAUAAUAAUAAUAAUAACACUGUGAAUGAAGAUGAUAUUAUGAGAGAAGAUAAAAGUCUGUAUUGGUUGCUAUUACAGAGAAUGGCACCGAUAAAUAUCACCUGGCUGUUAUCAGAGAAUAGUUUUACAGCUGCACAGCUUCGAUUGGAAAAGGCAUUACAACAUUUUGCCCACUGUGUAGAUAUUUUCGGUUUCCAGUAUGUUAUCGGUGGUUAA